AUGGCCCCCGCCAUGCAGCCGGCCGAGAUCCAGUUUGCUCAACGGCUGGCGUCCAACGAGAAGGGAGUCCGGGAUCGGGCAGUGAAGAAGCUGCGCCAGUACAUCAGCGUGAAGACCCAGAGGGAGACAGGAGGUUUCAGUCAAGAAGAACUUCUGAAAAUAUGGAAAGGACUCUUUUAUUGCAUGUGGGUACAGAAUGAACCCCUUCUACAGGAGGAGCUAGCAAACACUAUUUCCCAACUCAUCCAUGUUGUUAACAACUCAGAGGCUCAACACCUGUUCAUUCAGACCUUUUGGCAAACCAUGAACCGAGAAUGGAAGGGAAUCGACAGGCUGUGCCUUGAUAAAUACUACAUGCUCAUUCGUCUGGUCCUGAGGCAAUCCUUUGAAGUUCUGAAGCGAAAUGGCUGGGAAGAAAGCCGAAUCAAGGCUUUUCUAGAUGUCCUGAUGAAGGAGAUCCUGUGUCCUGAGAGUCAGUCUCCUAAUGGAGUGAGAUUCCACUUCAUUGAUAUUUACCUGGAUGAGCUCUCCAAGGUUGGGGGGAAGGAGCUUUUAGCUGAUCAGAAUCUCAAGUUUAUUGAUCCAUUCUGCAAAAUUGCUGCCAAGACUAAGGAUCAUACCCUGGUGCAGUCCAUAGCCAGGGGCGUUUUUGAAGCCAUUGUCGAUCAGUCUCCUUUUGUGCCUGAAGAGACAGUGGAAGAACAGAAGAUGAGAGCAGGUGAUAGCAACCUCUGGGAAGAAGAGACAGCUGAAAAUGGGGUGAUUUGGAAAAAACCAGUCAGCAAAAAGAAGACAGCACUGAGCAAAACUCACUGCAGAAAAGAUGAGCUCGGUGAUGAAAGGGGAAGAGAUGACUGCGGAACUUUUGAGGACACGGGGCCACUUCUCCAGUUUGACUAUAAGGCUGUUGCUGAUCGACUCCUGGAAAUAACCAACAGGAAGAGUGUCCCUCCUUUCAACAGGAAGCAUCUCUCCAAACUAAUCAAAAAAUUCCAAGAUCUCUCU